AAGACCCAAAGAUUCAUAGUCCAUGAUUCAAUGAGUCACCUCGUUGGCAGUCUAGAUAAUCUCUGCAAAAGCUUGCGACAGAGGGGCUUGGAUGGGUUUAAUCUAAUGCGAAACGAAUUCCCCCUCGAUGAUCAAUUUCGAUGUGUGUUGCAAAAGUUAAUCUACCCCUACGACUAUAUAGACGGGUUUGACAGAUUCGAGGAGCCAAUUCCCGGUAAACCAGCGUUUUUCAACAAACUCACCGAUGAAGAUUUGUCUGACGAAGAUUAUGACACACUCUUAAGAAUUUGCAAAAUCUUCAAUAUAACUACUUUAGGGGAACUUCACGAUUUGUACUUGAGAGUGGAUGUUUUGAUACUAGCAUCUGUCUUUGAGGACUACAGACGGUUGGGUCUUGAAAUGUUUGCUAUAGAUCCAGCGUAUUACAUAAGUUCACCAAGCUACUCGUUUGACGCUAUGUUGCAUCUAACGAAUGUUGAGUUAGAAUUGUUGACAGAUGUGAACAUGUAUGAAUUCUUUGAAAAAGGAAUGAGAGGAGGUUGCAGCACAGUUUUCAAACGUCUAGCCACAGCUAACAACAGAGGUCUACAAAGAUAUAACGAUCAAAUGCCUCAGUCAUCGAUUUUCUACACAGAUUGUAAUAACCUGUACGGGUAUUGCAUGCAAAUGAAGCUGCCCCACAAAGAUUUUAAAUGGUUGACUGAGCAAGAGAUAUCCUCUCUGGAUGUCACAAAGAUCGAUGUUAAUGGUGAUACAGGGAUGAUUUUGGAGGUUGACUUAGAAUACCCUGACUCACUUCAUUCGAGUCACAGAGAUUAUCCCUUGGCUCCGGAGAGGUUAUCUAUAACAAAGGAUAUGCUGAGUGAGGAGACGAGGCAGUUUUUUGAUGAUUUCAACAUAUCAUAUUCAACCCAGACCAGACUCACGCAAACUGUCUUACCUAAAACGAAUUAUGUCACACAUGUCAAGAACUUGCUGUUUUACACACAGCAAGGACUUGUUCUCAAAAAGAUACAUCGAGCUGUGACAUUUUACCAAUCUUCUUGGAUGGCUGAAUAUAUAAAAACAAAUACUAUGAAGAGGAUUGAAGCCCAAAACAAGUUUGAGAAGGACUUCUUUAAACUUCUGAUAAACAGUGUCUUUGGCAAGACCUGUGAGAACGUUAGAAAAUAUCGAAAGUUUGACUUGGCAACAACUGAAAAGCAAGUCAAACGCCUCUCUCAAAGAGUUGAACUGAAGUCUGCUGUCGUUGUAUCCAAAAAUCUCGUCAUUUUUGAGUCAAACAACCUUGAGAUAACGUUAAACAAACCUCUUUAUGCAGGCAUGGUGAUUUUGGAACUUGCAAAACUCCACAUGUAUCAAUUUCAUUAUAAAGUUAUGCGACCUCUGUUUCCAGGGAAAAUUGAGUUGUGCUACAGUGACACGGACAGUUUUCUAUACCACAUACAAGAAGGCGAUUUGACUGAAAAAUUUUCGAGAAUAUCCUCAACUUUCAUGGACUUCUCAAACUACCCUGUGAAUCAUUGUCUCUAUUCCAUUCAGAAUAAACUCACCCCGGGCAGAUUCAAGGACGAAAUGGCAGGUUGCGAAACCCAUCAGUUUGCUGGGUGUAGAGCCAAAUGCUACUCUAUAGUUACAGAUGAAGAACAGAAAAUGGGAGCCGCGGGGGUGAAGAGAAAUAUGCAAAAGAGACUGAAGCAUGUCGAUUUUGUAGAAACAAUCGCACAUUCCACGUUUAAGAACAUUACUCAGAACACCCUAGUAUCAAAAAAUCAUAGAAUUUUUAUGAGACAAUCAGAGAGAAUAGCUCUAAGUUUUGUAGAUAUUAAGAGGGUUGUUUUAGGUAAUGGAAUUGACACAAUUCCAUACGGGUAUAAUGGAUAUGUUGAUUGACUUUUUAUUUGUUUGUAUCUUAUUUAUGUUUAGGUUAUACAAAAUAAAAGUCGCAUAUUAUUCGUUUAUAAAAUUAAAACGUAAAUGAUAAUAACUAAAUCUAAAACAAUCAACUAAAUCUAAAAUAUCCAACUAAAUCUAAAAACACCCAAGAAAAUUAAGAUUCAAUAAAAUUUUUUAUAGCAAUACAUUUUGCCUUGGCACAAUAUCUGGCAUUGUGUGACCUAAAACAGUUUGCAUCUGGCAACACAUCUGGCAUCUGAAAUCCUAAUUCCUGUACAUUUGUAACUAUAGUUGUUGGUAGAAUGUU